CAAUGGGCGCGAAGCGGUUGAGCGGGGCGGUCAUGGCGGCGCUGCCGGUGUUGGCGCUGCUGGUGCUGCUAUGCUGGGGCGGGCCGCACGCCGCCGGGCAGAAGCGGAAGGAGAUGGUGUUAUCAGAAAAAGUGAACCAGCUGAUGGAAUGGACCAGUAAAAGACCCGUUAUUCGCAUGAACGGAGACAAAUUUCGACGCUUUGUGAAGGCACCACCCAGAAAUUACUCGGUGAUUGUGAUGUUCACUGCUCUUCAGCCUCACAGACAGUGUGUUGUGUGCAAGCAAGCUGAUGAGGAAUACCAGAUUCUGGCAAACUCCUGGCGAUAUUCCAGUGCAUUUACCAAUAAGAUUUUUUUUGCCAUGGUAGAUUUCGAUGAAGGCUCAGAUGUGUUUCAGAUGCUAAACAUGAACUCUGCUCCAACCUUCAUUAACUUCCCUGCUAAAGGGAAGCCGAAACGGGGUGACACGUAUGAGCUUCAGGUGCGGGGCUUUGCAGCUGAGCAGCUCGCUCGCUGGGUGGCUGACAGAACUGAUGUCAAUAUUCGUGUGAUAAGGCCACCAAACUAUGCCGGGCCGCUGAUGUUAGGGCUGCUGCUGGCUGUCAUCAGUGGCCUCGUGUAUUUGCGUGGAAGCAACCUGGAUUUUCUGUACAACAAAACUGGCUGGGCAUUUGUUGCUUUGUGUUUUGUGUUAGCAAUGACAUCAGGCCAGAUGUGGAACCACAUCAGAGGCCCACCCUAUGCUCAUAAGAAUCCUCAUACAGGACAAAUGAGCUAUAUCCAUGGAAGCAGCCAAGCCCAAUUUGUGGCAGAAACACACAUUGUUCUUCUGUUUAAUGGUGGCGUUACUUUAGGAAUGGUCUUCCUCCACGAAGCUGCUACUUCUGACAUGGACGUGGGGAAAAGAAAAAUUAUGUGUAUUGCUGGCAUUGGCUUGGUGGUGUUGUUCUUCAGCUGGUUGCUAUCUGUCUUCAGAUCUAAGUACCAUGGCUACCCAUACAGUUUCCUCAUGAGUUAAAGGAUUCCAGAAUCUGUAACAUCAGAAAGGUGGCGACUCUGAAAUGUCAUGUAAUGGAGUGGAAGAGCUAAAUACGUAUGGUUCGUGCUACCUCUCUUUAUGCUGAAUGAGAUAGUUAAACACUGAACCAAAGACAAUGCAGUGCCUUACAUGUAACAAGCAAUUUGCUCUGAAGGAUACAGAGUGUUAAGAUGCAAUCUCUUUUCAUAAGCUUUACAUCUUUGUAAACAACUCUACUUCUAGUGAAAUUCAGACCUUAAUGCUUACAACAACGUUUCCGUAGACUAACUAGAAACAGUACUUUAAAUUCUAUUGGGUGACCUGUUCUCCAUAUGUUUCUUUUUCCCUUAUCACUAUAUUUCCUGUUUGUGCAUAGCAGGUGACAGUAGUGUCUCUGUCAUGCUGCUUCAUGGUUGAGAAAACAUCUUCAUGUACCUGGAAAUCUUUUCCUUUGGUCUGUGUGCAGCCCUUGGAGCAUACUCCAGAUUCCCACGUGGAAUGUGCAUGUCCUAGAGCUGUAUCUCAUUUUUGAGAAGAGUACUUAUCUGCUGUAUGAUGCAAGAGGUUGUUCCACGGAUUCUGAUUCACAGAGAGAAUUUUCAGCAGCCAGAACUGACUUAAUUCAAUUAUUCAUUAAAACCUUUCUUUGCCAAAUGCUGAAACUGCAACAUUUAAGUUGCAAACAUUGGCUCUGAGCCAACACAAAACAUACUGAGCAGCAUUCACACUCUCAAAAAUACAAACCAAACCUCCAAAGCCAACUCACUCUCUGUAGCCUGAGUUGAAAGUUGCCAACUGGCUUUCAAGUUCCUGCUCGGAGCCCUGACAAGCCAACAGGUAUCAGAUUUUCGGUCACUGUCUAAGUUCUUGCAUUCUCCAUUUAUCUUCUCUGAGAUUGUAUCCUUGGGGAGGAUGUGGGAAUGGGCAGAGAUAUCUAAUCCCAGGAUAAAUACUGUUACCCCCCAAAAGAUUUGUUAGCCUUACAAUGGAAUGUAUGUGCUUUUUGCUCUCUUCUUUUGUUCUCUCAUCUCACACAAGUACUUUGCCUUAAGGAGUCUUGAGUGGAAGACAUUGUGCCUCAGCCCAAACUGCUGUUGUAGUUCAGCACUUGUACUACAGGAAAUCUUACAGCCUGAUCAGUAAUACUUCCUUCCGUAGGCUGUGAUGGCCUUGGAGGUUACUAGUCAGAGGAAAAUACAAUGAGACCUUUAUCUCCUGCUUCUGCCUCUCCCCUCUCUGAAGGGGUUACAGACUUUAGAUUGAAUCUGGGGAAGGACUAGAUCAUUCAAAGUAGAAUGUUAUUCUUAUGCAAUUUUGCUGAAUUAACACACAUCUCAAGUGCCUUAACUUCACUGAUGUAGUUGUUUGAUGUUUCAACUUGUUGAGAUGCAUUUUUCUAUGCCAUACAGAAUGACAAGCCUUAGUGGGAUGGAUAAAUCGUGUGCCUGGCUGCGUUUUGGAUAAGUUUCAAUAAAAUUUUUUAGUCUUAA